CGCCGGCGGUGACUUCGGCAGCUCCGCAAAACUUAAACACAGACAGUCAUAGUCAAGAGUAGCAACCAGCAACGCUGAGAGCAUUUCUGUUGUGUGACGGUACUCUGGGGAAAUUACCUGACAUCAUUUGUAGCUGAAGAGAUAAGUUAACAACAUAUUUAUGCUGCUUUAAUUACUCUAUCUUCAGAAUGAAAAGUAAAACAGAGGCAGCUUCGGGCUCCUGACAACUUCGGAGAAAGCUAACUUAGCUUAAAGCUGAAAAGAAACUGAAGUUAGCUUAGCGCUAGUUGUUAGAAGUUAGUUGGGGAUUCUUUGUCGGUUACUCUUGUGAUUCAGUAGGUGUUUACCGCACCGACGCUGACGUUAACUUAGCAUUAACACCAUCGAGAGCUCAAAGCUCUGAACUCAAGUCGAUAUCCAAAGUAUUUAGCGUGGCUUUCAGUCGACUUUAGCUGAAUCAAAAGGAUUUCUAUUGAACGGAAAUAAACACUGGGCAUUAACUCAACGUCACCUAUAUCAAGGACCUGAAUGGCCUCCGUUGUUGCAGUGAAAACUGAGAAGCGACCUGCAGCUGAUUCUCAGGAUGCAGACUCCAAUGCGAAAAAGCCCAGGAAACUGCUGCCCAGCCUGAAGACCAAGCGAGCCCCCGAGCUUGUCCUGGUGAUUGGCACGGGGGUGAGCUCUGCAGUGGCCCCUCAGGUCCCUGCGCUCCGCUCCUGGAAGGGCCUCAUCCAGGCAUUGCUUGAUGCAGCCAAUGACUUUGAUCUGCUGGAGGAGGAGGAGAGUCGGCGUUUCCAGAAGCACAUGCAGGAAGAUAAGAAUUUGGUGCAUGUGGCCCAUGACCUCAUUCAGAAACUUUCCCCGAGAACUGGCAAUGUGCGAUCCACAUUCUUUAAGGACUGUCUAUACGAGGUGUUUGACGAUUUGGAGUGCAAGAUGGAGCACGCAGGGAAACAUUUACUGCGCUCAGUGCUGCAGCUGAUGGAGAGCGGCGCGCUGGUGCUCACUACUAACUUUGACAACCUACUUGAGAUCUAUGCAGCUCACCAGGGCACCAAGCUGGAGUCCUUGGACCUGACAGAUGAGAAGAAGGUGUUAGAGUGGGCUCAGGAGAAACGGAGGUUAAGUGUUCUGCAUAUCCACGGCGUUUACACCAACCCCAGCGGUAUCGUGCUGCACCCUGCAGGCUACCAGAAUGUACUGAGGAACACUGAAGUUAUGCGUGAGAUCCAGAAGCUCUACGAGACCAAAUCUUUCGUGUUUCUCGGCUGCGGGCGCACAGUAGACGACACGACCUUCCAGGCUCUGUUCCUGGAGGCAGUCAAACACAAGUCCGACCUGGAACACUUCAUGCUCGUGCGGCGAGAGGAUGUGGGGGAGUUCAAGAAGCUGCGCGACAACAUGCUGGACAAGGGCAUCAAGGUCAUCUCCUAUGGAGACGAGUACGCUGACCUGCCUGAGUACUUUGAGAGGCUGGCCAACGAGAUCUGCAACCGCGACGUGUCUACCAACGGCUGGGGAUCGCCUUCUCAGAAUGGGGAAGAACAGCAGAACGGCUUUAACACACAGAAAAGCCUCCUUCAAGACCAUCAUUCUUGACAGGCACACAGUCGGGAUCAGUAUCAGUCAUUUUCCUCCACAGCUCCGUCGAGAGAUCAGUCUACUCUGAGUAGUACUCGAGUCUGAUUUCAAUCAGUGGAUUUAGGAAUCCAGGAAAACUAUGGGCCAUGGGAGACCUUAAAGCCGUUGUCAGUAUUUCACAGGUUUCUGUGAUUUUCCUUCAUUAAUUCUUUUUUUAAAAGGGAAAUGAGAAGUUUAAAGUAACCGUCAACGCUGAUACCCAACCUCACAGUUCCACUGCACUGUAUUUAAAUGAUGCUCAACAUUUGGGAAGCUGCAUUAAAAGGAAGUUUUAAAUAUACAGGUGAUGGAAUGGUUUGUUCUCAUUUCAACUUUACAAAAAUUACAGACAUGUGUCCACUGACAGAAGUUGAUUGUGCUGCAUUGAUUCAUUGCUUAGAUUUGGAUUACAACGAUGCAAUCAAACAGACUGCAUCACCUUGACCUACCUGCCCUGUAAGAAAAGUCUUAGGUGCAGGCUGUAACGCACACCACAUCCUCUUAACUCAAAGCAAUCUUGUGUUGAUAUGUAAGGACUGUAUCUGUCAUGCUCGACCCUGAAACCAGUAAAACUUGAUUUGCACACUACUGGACGGGGGAAUGGGUGGAAAUAUUUCUCUCAGUUAUGGAUGGUUACUUGGUUUGCAAAUACAUUGUUCAAGUUAUUGUUAUGAUUCUGUCCUCUAAUGUUCAGAAGAUUAUGUUUUCAUAGCAGAGCGGUUCCCAGCCAGUAGCAAUCACUUUGCCACUCCUUUGCUGAAAAUGUUCUUUGUAAGCCUUUUUUGUAUUUUUAAUACCUGCAUGUGUUUUCUGACAUAGUAUUUAUAAGUACUAUUUUCAAAAUAAAGCUUUUGGUAUCCCA